CUCGCAGGUCAGGUCAGAGGGCGCAGCACUGUUUGUCGAGAUCUCGACACUGAUCUAUGGCGUAUAAGCCAAGUUGGAUCACGCUGUAUUUUUGGUUAUUGUCUGGAUGACGAGGAGCUCGAGUUUCUUGGAAUACACUGGUCAGACUAUGUGAGGUCUGCGCACCGGCAGGAAUGGACAUUCUUUGGUAAGUACUUCCGUUUGUCGAGCCCUUCAGCUGCUCGCUUUAAUUAUGCUCGCAGGAUGCCACUGCUUGAAGGCCUUGCUCCACUAUUGCCUUGGUCAUUGGACGAGUCCCCGACAAAACUCAUGGAUGCUUACACCAUGCGCGGUGCAAGUAUCCUUGUGCGUUGUCGUGGGGGUCUGGGUAAGGCAGGCCUCGUAUCAUACUGUCGGGUACUAAAAGUCGGCUUGUGUGGGUGGAUCAACGUGGGGAUA